AUUCCCACGGCCCAAACCAAACACCGACCCGCACGUCUCCUCCUCCUCCCCUUUCCGGCUCUCCCCAGCUCAAUCAACCCUUCCGGCCUUCCCCUCCCCUCCUCCACGCCGACCACUCCCCUCCUCAUCGCCGCCGAUCACUCUCCCCACAACCGCAUCGAUCCAAAGCUCGCUCUAGGUUAUCCGCCCGUCCGCUUCCCGGGGCUCCACCGGCCCGGCUCGAUUCGCGCCGGGGGUGGCUGCUCCGUGCUCUGAGCCACCCGUCGCCGCUGUAGCCCGCUGCUGCGGGGAGUGCUCCUCUGUUGGCUGCCGCUGGUGUAGGGGUCCAGGGUUUUGUCUUCGCCAGGCGGAGGGCGCAUGGGGAUGGUGCCCAACGGGCUCCUGCCGAAUGCGUCCACCGGGGUGACCCGGCGGCUCGACCCCGAGCGCUGGGCGGUCGCGGAGGGCCGCACUGCUGAGCUGAUCGCGCGCAUCCAGCCCAACGCACACUCCGAGGGUCGGAGACUGGCCGUGUACCACUACGUGCAGCGGCUCAUAAUGAACUGCCUCUCGUGCCAGGUUUUUACCUUCGGGUCAGUCCCUCUCAAGACUUACUUACCUGAUGGUGACAUUGAUGUCACUGCUUUUAGUAAUAGUGAUGAAUUAAAGGAGAUUUGGGCAAAUCUUGUCCGGGAUGCGUUGGAGCGUGAAGAGAAGAGUGAAAAUUCUGAAUUUCAUGUAAAAGAAGUCCAGUAUAUUCAGGCAGAGGUCAAGAUUAUUAAGUGUCUUGUGGAAAACAUUGCUGUCGACAUCUCAUUUAAUCAAGUUGGUGGACUAUGUACACUUUGUUUUCUUGAAGAGGUCGACAACUUGAUCAGUCGAAAUCAUUUAUUCAAGCGGAGUAUCAUAUUGAUAAAAGCAUGGUGUUACUAUGAGAGUCGUAUUCUUGGAGCUCACCAUGGUCUUAUAUCUACUUAUGCAUUGGAGACGCUGGUUCUGUACAUAUUUCAUAUAUUCAACAACUCUUUUACUGGACCUCUUGAGGUUAUGUACCGUUUCUUGGAAUUUUUCAGCAACUUUGAUUGGGAGAAAUUUUGUUUGAGCUUGCGGGGCCCAGUUCCUAUAAGUUCACUUCCAGAUAUGACUGCGGAACCUCCGCUGAUGGACAGUGGUGAAUUGUUGCUGGACAAGUCCUUCCUGGAUAACUGUAGCACUGCAUAUGGAGUUGUGCCUCGCACGCAGGAGAAUCAGGGUCGACCAUUUGUUUCCAAACACUUCAAUGUUAUUGAUCCUUUACGUGCAAACAAUAAUCUCGGAAGAAGUGUCAGCAAAGGCAAUUUCUUUAGAAUACGCAGUGCUUUUGCAUAUGGAGCGAAAAGGCUUGGAAAGUUACUUGAAUGUCCAAAACAAGAUUUAAUUACUGAAUUGAAUCAGUUCUUCACAAAUACAUGGAUAAGACAUGGGAGUGGAAGUCGUCCUGAUGUGCAGCCUCAGAAAGUUGUACCUUCUGUAGCGUCAAACAGUCACAGCAACGACAUCACUAAGUCUUCACAGGAUGAACCAGUGUCUUCCUUGAGCAGUUCAUCUCACCCUAGUGCAAAGGCAGUUUCUGACUCAAAUAGUGUUUCGAGCAGCUAUCGUGAAGAUAAUGGUUGUGUGAUGAACGGAGAACGUCCUUCUGUCUCUGAAUCAUCAGAUAUGCGCCAUGAUGAACAAUUUCUGGUUAAUUUAAUGGAUUCCGUGAAGUUGCAUGGAUCCAAUGGACAGAUUCAAUUGCCAAUGCAAUUACCUUCUCAUCUGUCUGUAGCACAUUCCCCUUUAUUGGCUCCAACAACUUUUUUACAAAAGCACUUGGCUGGGGUUCGACCACCUAACUUAACUGGGGCACCAUGGUUGCCCAAUAUGCAGUUCCUCCAUGGAUUGGUGACACCAACAGCCCAAUACAUACACAAUCCAACUUUGGCACCAAGUGUUGAAGAUGGCAGUGAGAGUGAGAAGCCUACUACAUCGGAUGCAAACCAUGAUACUGACAAAACUUGGCAUCAGUAUGGUAUUGGAUAUUCUAAACAAUUUGAUCCUGAAGCGAGAGAUCCUCACAUCUAUGAUAUUGAUGGGAAGGAACGUCCUUCUUUUCCUAAUGGUGUACACGGUGCCCCAUUGGAAAGGCAGAUGGAAUUCACUCUUGAGAAUAAUGGUGCAGAUGAUGAAACCUAUAACAGCAUGUUCCAGAAUCAAACAAGUAGAGAAGGCAAUGUAGAUUACUCUAAGAGGAGUGGUUUUGUGAACGUGCCAUCUUCGCAUGGCAGUUCAUCCAGAGGCAAAGCUCUGGAUGCUAGUUCAUGGGAUGAAGUUUCUGUAAAUACAACAAGGUCAUCAAGAAACAAAUGGGGAAAAGAACCUGGCUUUGCGGCACCGGCCACAUCCACACAUAGCAAGACUGGUGGGCAGAUGGGAAAUGCCAAUGAUCAUCUCCCAACUGAAGUUGACAAUGGCCCUAGAAAUGGGACAGUGGUACCAAUCAUUAAUGAAGCUUCUGAGAUAGUAGCAGGGUCCGAUUCUUUUUCAACACAAACAAGAACUAGUGCACCUUUUCUUUUUGGUUCACCACAGCAGAGGCAAGCUGAUAAAUCUGGACUGACUUUUGUUCCAACAGGCACACCAGUUCCUUUCGUUGUCCUCCCAUUUAUUCCAGGGAAUAGCGAUGGUUCUGGUCCCCAGUUUGAGAGAAAUGAAGGAAUUGAUCAGCUUUCUGCCAAAAUUGCGUGUCAAAAUUUCUGUUCACUUAGUGAUGUUCACCAACCAGAUUCUGGUGCUACCUCAACAGCAUCAAUCAGUACUAUGACUGAGCCAUCUGGGGAACACAAGCCUGACAUCUUGAAAGGUGAUCUCGUUAACCAUUGGUACAAUCUACAGUAUGCCCGACUCUGCCAGAAUGCUCGUUCCCUGGGUCCUGUUCUAUACCCUUUUCCGGUACCACCAAUGUAUUUGCAGGGCCAUGCGCCAUGGGAUGGGCCUGGAGGACCAGUUGCACCAAAUGUUAACUGGACACAAAUGAUUGGUCCUGGUCAACGAGUAUUUCCUGUGAUGCCUCUGCAACCUGCUGCGGAAAGAGGUACUGGCGUUUUCCAGCACUAUGGAGAAGAUGCACCCAGAUACCGUGGAGGCACAGGAACGUACAUGCCAAAUCCUAAGGUUCCGUUUAGGGACCGGCACUCAAAUUCAAGAAACUACCGAGGAGGUUAUAAUGGUGACAGGAGUGACUAUAGUGAUAAGGAAGGAAGCUGGAUAAACUCAAAACAACGAAAUCCAAAUCGCAGCUAUGGACGUAGCCAGUCGGAGAGGUCUGGCAUGAGGUCUGAUAGACAGGCCAAUGAUGAGAGUCAGUCUGAUAGGCAACGACGAACUUUUAGAAAUGACUCAUACAGGCAUGAGGCAAGCUCUCAAUAUCUUGUGCAGGGGCAAUCUUUUGGAUCCGCAAGCUCUAUGCGCAAACCAGGGAACAUUGCGCAUGGGGUUUAUACACCACAAUCUCCAGCUUCAAAUGGUGCUGGUGCUUUAUCUGGCCCUCCAGGACCACCAUUUUUUAUAGUGUACUCAUAUGAACCUGGGGCAAAUCAUGGUCCAUCCACAUCUGAACCAAUUGAAUUUGGUUCUCUUGGGCCACUUCCCGCAGCAGAUGGUGAUGACAUACCACGGUCCACGCGCCAAGUAAUGCCUAAUGGGUUUUAUGGGCAAAGGCGUGGUCCAUAUAGGGGUGGUUCCUCUCAUUCCUCUCCUGAUCAACCGUCCUCACCUCAGCCUCGGAGGUAGUUGAAUGAUGGCAUGGUCACUUGGUUCUGGCAUUGAAGCCCUGCGAUAGUAAUAUUUCGCUCUGGCACUCGUGACCACAUCCUGCAUGGGUUCAGACGGCUGAGGCCAUCAGCAGCCAACAACAAAAGCAUGUGCCCUAGCUGGUUUUUAUUGUGCUUUCUGAUAUCUCACAAACAUUGAAAUAGUGAAUAGCAUCAAAAGAGACAUCAGCAGCAGCAGGUUCUUUUACCGGUCACGUAUGCCCUUCUUGGAGUCGAAGCAACAAUCUUCAGAACAAAUCACGGAACUGUCAAGCCCAGAAGAUAUAUCUUCAUGCAGAAGUCUGAAUUGAACUAUGAUUAUGAGCAAGGAUGAAUUGUGAGUUCCAGCCUUCUCAAGGAUAAGAUAUUAGGUUGAAUGGAGCUGAAACAAGCAUUUCUGCGUCAAAAUCAAAUACAGUCUUGAAAAGGCAUUGGGUUUUACUACAAUUGUCAGGGAAUCAUCUGACCAUGUGUAACUGAAAGCUAAUAAUGAGUUCUUGUUUCUAGGUAGGAUCAAGAUCCUGUAACACAUACAGCAAACUUUUUGCUUAGGUGUACUAUGAGUUAGGUGGGAAUCCUAGGUUACAAAUUAUCGUGGUGUUUCUAGCUGGAGGGACAUGAAUCCAUGAUGCACUCACGCACGAGUGAAAAAUGAUCGUCUUUAUCUUCCUCUGUUCCA